UCUGUGUUGUUAGUCGGAACCAUUUGAGAGGAGGGACGCGCUUCCGGAAGCUGUCAGCUGUGAACACCGUAUCAACUGCAAUGAGUUUUGAGUGGCCCUGGCAAUAUAAUUUCCCACCGUUUUUUACGCUACAGCCCAAUGUUGACACGAGACAGAAGCAGCUGGCAGCAUGGUGCUCCCUGGCUCUGUCCUACUGCCGGCAUCACAAGCUCUACACCCUGGACGUCAUGGAGGCUCAGGAAAGCCCCGUGUUCAACAACAAGAAGAUAGAACGAAAACUGUCAAUGGAAACAAUUCAAGUUGUGUUUGAGGAGUUGAGGAAAAAAGGGAACCUCGAAUGGUUGGACAAAAACAAGUCUCGGUGUUUAGUCAUGUGGAGACGACCGGAGGAAUGGGGCAAAUUAAUAUACCAAUGGGUUUCCAAAAAUGGGAUGGUCAACUCUGUGUUCACACUUUAUGAGCUGUCCAACGGUGAUGACACAGAAGGUGAAGAGUUCCACAGUUUAGAAGAGUGGAUGCUGCUGCGCUCGCUGCAGGCUUUACAAACGGACGGCAAAGCAGAGAUCAUCACCAUGGAUGAUGGAAAGGGGGUGAAAUUCUUCUGACACCGUGCUGGAAUCACACACACACACACACACACACACACACACACACACACACACUCUGUCUGGGGGCCCUCAUGCCGUACCUCAUAGGCAAAUUUUAAGAUUUAGACAUUUAAGGCCACACAAGAUGCACCUCAAUGCCCUUCCCAGAGGAUGAUUGUGCUGCAGUUGAUGUUGCCUUUUGGUUUGUUCAAAGCCUUUUUCUUAUUGGUAUAUAACCAAUAUAAUUUUUAAGUGUUUGGGGGAAAGAACGUUUGAGGUGACAACACGUUUAAAAGUAGUCACAGGUAACACUUGUUGCCAUUUAAACAUGCAAUGGGCCUUUAGGGGGAUUAAUAAUAUCAUGUCUGAAUACUCCUGGGGAAAAUCUCUCCCCACCAGCUGUAACUUUACUCUUUCUUUAUUGUAAAUACAACUAGUUUAUGCCGAUUCUUUUUUCCCAGUUAACACAUUUCCACGGUAUAAUUAGCUCUGGACCUUUUUGCUCGGCUGUUGUUCCUCUGUUCCAACGAGACAUCCCAAAGAAAUCCCAGAGCGCAACACCAGGGGGUGUUUAUUUUGAGAAUAAAUGCUUCCAGAAGAGGAACACCACAGAGACUCAACCACCAAUCCUGGCUGUGUAAUAAUAAGGACUUCAUGUACAGAUUGCUGUCAUCCAAUAUUGUGCAGUAGCUACUGUGACACUCCUGUUAUACUCUCUCUUUUUUUUCAUAUCCUAUAGGAAAAUAAAUUAGAAAUUUGAUAAA